AUCAAUACGUCAAUAGUCACUCAGUCAUUCAGUCAUUGUCGGCAAAUUAUUGUUAUUUGCAUUUGAAAAUAAUACUUACGUAGUUAAAUUAACUUAGAAAUAGUAAUAAUGAAAUACAUUUCGUUUAGUUUGAUACUAACUUUAAUAUUUGCCGGAUAUGUAGUGAAUACAAUAUGGACUUUAGCUGAAAUUUUCAUACCCCCGGAAUGUAGUCGUGGCGAAAAGUGUUUCCCUUCGUAUUUAUCAUCAAAACCGAAGCAGCACUUAGUUUUGUACACUUCCGUACGAGCGGACCCCUACAUGGAUACGUCGUCAGACAAGAUUAAUAAAAUUCAUACAGCAUUGAACUUCGACUACGAAAAAGAAGCGUCUUUUGACAUAAAGCUGCGCGUGCCGGCGAAGACUCGCAACAACGGCACGCUGUUCCUGCACGCCAUGCUGCUGGACGAGGAGCUCCUGUACCGGGAGUUCUACGAGCUGCGGGAGAGCGAGGCUGUGCUCACUACGCCACUUGUCAUGUUUGUCCCACCCCGCGCAGCCACCUUCAACCUGCUGCAGCAACAAGAUGAAACCCCAAAGCCUGAAAAGGAGCAGAAUGUCCAGCCUUAUGCUCACAUAAGUACAUCGGUGCCGCUAGCCAUUCUCACUGACAAGCUGAAACUACCCGCUAAAAGGAUCCCUGGAGAACUGUAUCCUUACAUGAGGAUCCGCUACGGGAAAUUCCUGCCAAUAAUCACUCACAACAUCCUGAGAUCACGAAUGUCGCAUCUGCAGUUACUGAAUAGCACAACAAAGACAGUGAACAUGACAAUAACCAUAGGCCCCACAUCGUAUGGGUCUCUACGGUUAGCUCUGCAUGUGCAGUUGGCGUUGGAGCAUCUGAAGACCAUUGGCUUCAGUGAGAAAGAUGUUGAUGAUGUGAAAGGAAUCUUUGCUGAUACAAAUCUGUAUUUGUUGUCGGCUACGGUGUUAAUUGCUAGUAUUCAUCUGCUGUUCGACUUCCUAGCAUUCAAGAACGACGUCUCAUUCUGGCGUCGCGCGCGCUCGCUGGCGGGGCUGUCGGCGCGCUCGGUGCUGUGGCGCGGCGGCUCGCAGCUCGUCGUGCUGCUGUUCCUGCUGGACGAGCGGAGCAGCGCGCUGCUGCUGCUGCCCGCUGCUGUUAGCGCUGCUAUUGAGCUCUGGAAAGUGACCAAAGUCCUCCACCUUCGCAUCUCGUUCACGGGCUGGCGCCCACAUGUCUACCGAGAGGUACAGUCGGACGCGGGCGAGGCGCAGACAGCUAAAGCAGACGCCGAGGCGAUGAGAUACCUGUCCAUGCUACUGUACCCCCUGUGUGUAGCUGGAGCGGUUUACUCGCUGAUCUAUGAGCCGCAUAAGAGUUGGUACUCCUGGGCCCUACACUCGACCGUCAACGGCGUCUACGCUUUCGGCUUCCUCUUCAUGUUGCCUCAACUCUUCGUGAACUACCGCCUGCGUUCCGUGGCCGCGUUACCGUGGAGAGCCUUCAUGUAUAAGGCUUUCAACACGUUCAUUGAUGACGUAUUUGCAUUUGCUAUUACGAUGCCGACCGCACAUAGGGUCGCUUGCUUCCGCGACGAUCUGGUGUUCCUGGUCUAUUUGUAUCAGAGAUGGUUGUACCCCGUGGACAAGUCUCGCACAGACAAUGCGGCCAGCAUGGACGAGAACCCUGAAGAGUUGGAGCCGGCCAAGAGCAAGCAGGAAUAGAACUAGCACCCAGCUAAUGGUGGUAUGUUAACAGUUUACGUUCACUAUAUAUUCGCAUUUAUGAUUGGAUGUUUGCUGUAUUUGCCAAAUACCAAAAAUGAAGGCAAAAUCGGCAUUAAUUUCGGCGAAUAUACUGUCCACACAUGGCAGUUUUGGCAAAGACGAAUUGCUAAGUGGGGUGGUAGCAUUAUAGUAAAUGUUUACAUUAUAGGAAACUGUUAAAAUCGUAUGACAAAAAAUAUGUGGAAGAAAUUAGAAAAGGAAGACUUUUUCGUGGUCGUAAAUAGCAAAACCCCGUUCCUCUAUAUAUACCUAUAAGUAUGUACUUAUAGAUACAUUCUCAAAUCUCUUUCAAUCACACGAAGCGAUAUAAUAAGCAAAAGCAACGUUUGCGUAUUUUUCAUACAAUGCUUCUAGUGGUGACCAUGACGAUGGCGUCAUGGUCUAAAAUCAUCUCGGUUUGCGUAAAUUACGUAAAUUAUCACAACUUACUCUUCAUUUAAUAUUGAAUAAGAUUUGAGAAUAUAUCGGAACCGGGACGGAAGGUAAACAACGACACUUGGCACGUUAAUUCGUGCAAGUCAACUUGCCAAUUUAUCUUAUGAGAUUAUUUUAUUUAUGACAUUAUUUAGCAAUAGAAAUAUAGAAUAUGCAAUAGUAAUUUAAUAAACUAAAAGCACGAUUUUUAGCUCGUCAUUUAUGUUGCCCUUCUAUGAAAGUGGCUGAAAUAUACCAUCUUUUGAACUUUGACAUGGAGUUUAUGUCGAAAUACAAUGAAAUAUUGUAACAUUUUGAGUUAUAAGGGUUAAUUUACAAUUUUGUUCUAAGAUUACGAUUUAUUUGAACACUGUUUGUUUCUUUGCAAACUCUCAUUCCAUUUACCUCAUCUCGUAGUUCUAAGAGUAUUUCUGGGUAGUAAUGUAAUGAUGGUGAACAGCUUGUCAUCGUAAUAUAGGGUCAUUUUAAAACUUUGAAGUGAUAUUUUCUUUAGAAAAGUACCGACAUUGUAUAUCGGUAUUAAGAUGCUGGUACCUUCCUGUGCCAAUUUUUGACGUCAUCGUGGUUAAUUACCUAACAGAUAUUUUCCCUAAUAGUUCUUGAA